GGGAGGGCGAGAGAAAGGGAAAGCAUACAACGCGCAGCAAAGCACGGUUGCGAGCCGAACCGAGCAGCAUGGCGGGGCUGAGGGACUUCCAGCAAGGCGGCAACUGCCAUAGGAAAACGUGGAUAAAUAUUCUAAUUGGAAUCUUGCAGCUGAUUUUAACCUACGCCGAGCAAAGAGGGGCACAGCUACAAGCACUUUCACAUAUGUCCGGCGUGGUCGAGGUCUGGCAGGCUGAAGAGGCAGAAUUACUAGUCCCUCCACUGGCUGAAGAAGACCACAGCAAAGAGGGACUACCGCAAGAGGAGAGCUCCUCGUUCUAUAUGGGGGGCAGUGGAAGAGCUCUGCACUUCAAGCCUCCAGUCCUGGACUUUGGGACACAGCUGCUGGGCCAGCCCCGAGCAGAAACCAUAUACAUUCAUAACCCCAGCCAGGAAGUGGCAGUAACCCUGCUGUCCGUGUUUACGUCAAGCACGCAUUUACAUGCCCCUCCUUUUCACAAAAGGGUGAUCCUGCCCCGGGGGAAAGCGUCGUUUAAACUCAUCUUCCUUCCUACGGAAGAGGGAAAUGUAGAAACCUCACUAUUUAUAAACACAUCAUCGCAUGGACUCCUGCCUUACCAGGUAUUCGGAGUGGGGGUUCACACAGGUGCUCAGACCACAUCUCAUAUGAAGACUGGUGUUUUGCUGUUUCCCCAUAUCCACAGUAUUAAACUGACCCAAACUCAGGAGGAUGCCUCAAAUAUCACUCUCCUGGGUCUGCUGCUGGAGAGCAGGAUCCCUGAGAAUGCCUACAGACGCUCUCCCCAUCAGGGGUCCUGCUUUGCGACGGAGAAGCUGGCUGUGCAGAUCAGCCUAUCGGAGAGAGGGGAGAGACGCACGGACCUGGAGAGGCUCAAGCCUUACGUGAUCGAGAACAUCAUGGUCCUGUUCGUGAUGUCAUCGGGGGGGAGCGGCUUACGAGAGCCAAGGAUUAGGAUGUAUAUGUUGAAUUCAGGAACAGAAAAAUUAUUUGUGAAGGACAUGCAAGUUUUGUCAGACGGGGAGAGCUCUUUACAAUUCAAACAAAUUCUGCUGAAAGCUUCUGCGACAAAUUUCACACAAGUGGCUACAUUAGCCUGUAGAGGGUCUGUGCCAGCUCCUGACACAAAGUGCUCCACACACACCAGUUUGAGUAUCCUGAGAAACUCCACAUCACGGCUGCAUCCUGCGCUAGUCCUCACACACAGAGGCUUUGGCCGUGACCCUUCCGCCCUGUUCCGUGUAACUCCCAGGCACAGUGGGCGCCACCUGGUGGAUCUGUGGCUGACUAGCGGCUUUGACUUCAGCUUCUCUGUGAACGAGGCCACUGUCCCUCGGGAUAUGGAGGGUAUAUUAACGGUGACCAACUUCAGCAGGCCUGUGGCCGUGCCUUGGGGCUGCUGGAGGCUGCUCUCUCUGCGGGUCAACCACAGGAAGCUGCCCGUGAACGUCAUGACCACUGUGGUCCUGGUCACCAGCAUCGGCCUCUCCCUGGAGAUCCCUCUCCGAGUUCGGUCUGGCUCGAAGCAGGGGGAUGUCGUGUUGGAGGCCAGUGCAGAGUGUGGAAAGCCCUGCCCUCUCAGGCUCUCUGAUGCUGGGCGUGUUCAGUGGCAGCAGACCCUCCUCGAUGUCACUUCCUCCUGGAGAGUGGACAGCAGUCUGGCUGCAGAGCUCUGCUCCCGCUGGAGGAACAAUAAGGACCAGCUCACCUGCAGCUGGCCCCGCCUCCCUGUAGAAACCAGCUCUCCACUCGAUUUUGGUGCCACUCCAGUCAACGAGCGCAAGAUGAAGUACUUCCAGGUGAAAAACCCCUCUGGGUCCCCUGUGUACAUGGAGGUGCGGGUUCUCUCAUCGUACUCUGCCCCUCUGGAUGCCCUGGAUCUGCUGACCAAAUGGUUUAAUAUCAGUCCACUGUCCGUUAACAUCACCACGGGGGAGUUUUCUUUGCUGCACGCAGACGGGCAGGAGAGCCUGGAUGGAGGCGUGCGCCUGCUGCUCCUUCCCCAGGAGACCAAGGAGGUGCACGUGGCCUUCACACCCACGGAGCACAGACCCGUCACCUCGCUCAUCCUCAUCAGGAACAACCUGACGGUGUUUGACAUGGUGAUGGUGAGGGGCCACGGCGCCAGGGAGCUGCUGCGGAUCGGCGGGAAGCUUCCGGGCCCCGGGGCCUCACUGCGGUUCAACGUGCCCCAGGCCACCCUGAUGGAGUGCAGAGACCGGCUCCGAUCCGAAAGGUCGCGGUUAUUGAUCCGCAAGAGCUUUAAAGUGGAGAACGCAGGAGAGCUGCCCCUGACCGUGGUCUCCAUGACCAUCAACGGUUACAAGUGCCAGGGGUUCGGCUUUGAGGUGCUGCAGUGCAGGUCUUUCCAGCUGGACCACAACUCCACCUCGGAAAUCAACAUCGCGUUCGUCCCGGACUUCACCUCCUCCUGGGUGAUUAGGGACCUGACGCUGGUGACGGGGCGGGGGUCCUCCUUCCCCUUCACCCUGAACGUGACCCUGCCCCACCACAUGCUGCCCCUGUGUGCCCAGGUGGUGCCAGGGCCCAACUGGGAGGAGGCCUUCUGGGUGAUCACCCUGGUCUUCGCCUGCUGUUCUUUAGGUGGGGUGUGCUUUUUGGCGUUCCAUCAAGCACAGUAUAUCCUGAGCGAAUUCACAGCACCCAGCUCGAGGACCAAUCACGGCUCAGCACUUUCUCGGGAUAACAGCCCCAUUAGCCCCGUCUGCCACAAUGGUCUGAGUAAAGCGAAAGGCAGCUGCAAGACGUUUGUGGACUCGUGCAACUCCUCGGACAAAGGCAAGGGAAAGGGCUCCCUCGCCGUGGGCUGCCUUCCCGCCCGAAACCAGCCCACGUCCAAGAAGGGCUCGGGCAGCGCCGGCCCGGCUCAGAAGAAGCACAAGGUGUCUCUCUACUACGGCAAGCAAAAGGGAGGCCCGUCGUCCCCCGCCACCGCUAGCGAGGAGAGGGAGGAGCCCGCCGCCGACCAGGUCACAGAGCCCGUCCCCGACGCCUACGACCGCAACGAAGACCUCCCCGACCUCGCGGCACAACCGGCCGCUCCGGCCAACGGUAAAGUGCACUUUCCCCAAACAGAGAGCAGGGCGCCGGCCCCGGUUAUGUUUCCCAUGGAAACGCGGCUCAGUCUCCCGGACGACGUCGUGGUGGUGCCGGGCCGCGGGGCUGACAAAGCGCCGCCGCGCUUCAGCGACGUCAAGCGGCUCGAGAAAAGGGACAACAACACCGCCUUGGGUUCAGAGGUAAAAGACUGUGACGUACUGAGACUGUCUGAGACAGUGGAGCAGGGGGUCUUGACCAAUAGCCAGAAGGGAAAGAAGUCUGCAGGCAAGGGACAGCGGAGAUCUGGAGAAGACAUGCCUGGAGUCUCCGAGCACAGUACAGCCCUGCUGCCAGACAGGAACAGGGACCAGGAAUGGAGGGAGAAUCGGACCGCCAACAGGAACCGGAAUCGCUGCUCCAAUGGAAAACCCGAAGUCCCCAAGUGUGCGCCGAACGCGGACAGCCCUGUCAAACAGCUGCAGAACGGUGUGUGCCCGUCCAGGCCCCGGAGGAAGGGGGCGGGCAGGCCUCAGUGGGAGUCCGGCUCAGAUUCGGGCAGUUCCUCAGGCAGCGUCCGGGCCAGCCGGGGCAGCUGGGGAAGCUGGAGCAGUGCCAGCAGCCUGGAGGGAGAGAAGGACCCCAACACCGGAGCCAGACACCACUGUACUGGCCCAGCCAGGCCCAGAGACAACAUUCAGUACAGUGUUCAUCAGGGUGAGAGAGACUGUUAUCAGACACUGAACUCCAAUUAUAAGGCCCAGAGCACCCACACGCUGUACAGGAAGGACCCAGGCACACCAGACCCCGCCCCAACCUCCAGCUUCACCCCCAGUUUUGCAGCCGUGGCAGCAGGACUGGAGCGGAACAAUGACAUUACCUGCACGUACUUGCCAGAAGAGGCGUGGUCAGCCCCCUCUGUCCCUCUGACAAAUGAGUUCAGGUACAACACAACAGAGUCACUCCCAUUUGCACCUCAGGGGCCUUCUUCCAGCUCCUACAAUGGCUUUCCUUGGAGCAGUGCCAGCAGCCACUGCACGAGCUCCUACCCGUACUCAGAGCAGAGUAACUACGCGGCAGGAGGGAGCACACAGUUCCAAAACAGCCUUUUGUGCCAAGAAACCCCAAAUGUGACAUACAGCCCCCAGCACAGCUGGGGGGAGGACAGCGCCCCGGAGGUGCCCUCUGUCUGGGACGGGACUGGCUGUGUGGGCACCAAGGUGACCUGGGGACCCCCCGGCCAGGUCCCCCAGAGAUCCCCCACCCUGGCUCCGGAGGCCCGCAAGGGGUUCUUCUCCGGGACCCGGAGCCUGUCCCCCAUGUCGGGUCUCUUCGGCUCCAUCUGGACCCCGCAGAGCGAGCCGUACCAGAACCACUUCCAGCGCGAGCGCUCCCUCCCACCAUCCCCACAGUCGCCCUACAGCCCCGAGCGCCCGGGAGUCUGCAGGCCCGGAAGCUUCUCCAGCUUCAACCCCUUCGGCCCUCACAUGAACCUGGACAUUUGGAACUCCUCCUCCAACCGGAGCUCCAACUCCCAGCUCUCCAACGACUCCGGUUACUGCGGCGAUGUCUAAACGGGAAUGUUGCUUUUUAUCCAUACCAGGGAAAAAAAAAAGGAAAACAAAAAAAGUUAAUGUUCUUUUUUUUAUCUUUUCCCCCACCCCCCCAAAGUUCAAUGUUGUGAAAAAGUUAAACGUUGUAUAUUUUUCUAGGUGUUUUGCAGAUUUGAUCAUAGAAAAAUAAAAAAAAAUGUUUUGUA